AUCGAGAGAAAAAUAUCAUUACAUGCCCAUCAUUCGUUCAAAGUGGUCAAGUGUAGUCAAGGCGGCUAAAGACAAGAAUUUAUUUAACUCGAAUCACUGACAAUAAUUUGUUUCUAAAAAUCAAUCUGGUUAUCAGCACCAAUUGUAAAUAAAUAAAAUUAAAUAAAAAUAAGAAUCGUAUGUGAUAUUGAUUGUUACAGUGAAAAUUCCACGUCGAUUAAGUUUUUUCAUCGGAUUUGGUUUGAAUAGAAAGGUUUCAUUUCAAUUUGGAAAGUUGAAUGAGCGAUGUCAGAGGAGGAGAAAAAAAAGGUGGUGAAGAUUUUGCGGUCGCUACUCAUAUCUAGCCCACAAAAAGGAAAAUCUAUUCGUGAGUUGGUUCGCGACUACCGUGAGGAGGCUGGGACAGCAAUUCCAAUAUUCGGAUGCAGAAACGUUGAAGAUUUCCUGCGUGGAACCGGCGAGUUCGUAAUCGAAAAUUUUCGCGGCGAACUCAUAAUCUACGAGAAACCAAAUGCAGAGAGCUGGCACAUCUCAAAACUGGUAGCUGAACAGGCGAAGCCUAAGAGAAGAUCGGCGGCACCAUCUAACAGAUUUCGACAACCGUUACGGCCACCUAACUUUCCACCUCAACAACGUACCAAUACCAAUUACAAUUUGCGACCGCUAACAAAAGCAAUAUUUCCGAAGAGACCAAUGCAGUACACCCCGCAAAACGCUUAUGUGCAUCCGAACUCCAGAGCACCGACCAUGGAAUUUACAUUCGAUCAGUACAAAGAUAAAAGCGAAGAGAAGAAAGAGACAUCGAACAACCGUUUGGCAAAUGAUAACCCGAUCCGAUCCUCUGAGAGAAUUCCACCAAGAGAGACUCAAAAACACGAAAAUCAAUCGGCUAAACCGUUACAGCUUGACGAAUACGGAAGACGCAUCAAUCAAAAUAUAUCGGCUAAACUGUCACAGUCUGACGACUUGAGAAAUCGAAUCAAUCAAAAUAUGUCGGCUAAACCGUUGCAGUCCGACGACUUAAGAAAUCGAAUCAAUGAAAAGCGCGAAAAACAGUCCGAUGUUAUUGACCUAACUGUUGACGAUUCAGAUGGAUCAAAAGGUUCUCGCUAUGAGGCGCGUCAGAAUAACGUUCAAUUGGACAAAAAGCCCCCCGCAAUAACUCCAAGAACUUCCGACAGUUUACCAUCGAACCAACAAGAUCCACAGAAUGCACCGACAAAACAAUCCAAUGCUCAUCUACCGCUGGCGAAAAAUAAUCCAUUUUAUUUCGAUGUCAGUAAGCCACCAUCCACGACGAUACAGUUCACUCGUAUGCAAGAUCGUCUCAAACUUCUGCCGAAAUUGGAUGCUUCGAAUUCGAUUCAAAGUGUCACCAUGAAUACUGAACGGAAAUCCGUCAACGAUAGACUCCAAUUGGCGAGACAGGUACCUCCCGUACCCAAUAUAAAAAUACCGACGCCACAACCAUCUCCUGUGAUACCAUCUCCUGUGACACCAUCUCCUGCGAUACCAUCGAGUCCUACUGUACGAUCGUCCGAAAUAGAUUUGUUGGAUUACUGUAAGGAAAAUGGACUGAGUGCUCCGAAAUUCAAGAUUUUCAAAGUCGAUAAACGCUAUCAGUGUCAUGUCACGAUUGACAAUACACGAUACUCAAGCUAUCCGACAGACUACGAUACCGAAACAGAAGCACGAACCGAAACAGCCAAGCAUGCAAUGCAACGACUAAUUUCUAUUCGUGACCAGCAGAGAUACGACAUAUGUAUGGACAGUGAAGUGGAUUUAGCCAUCAAAAUCUACAACUGCUUGAAAGAGUAUCCAACUGGCGUGUUUUCGAAGAAAAUUCCCGAAGAGUUUCUGUCGGUGCACCGACAACUGUUGCCUUCAGAUUGGAUGACCACUCUGGCCAAGCAUCCCGAAUGGUUCACCAUUGACGAAUGUAUUAACGAUCACAUUGUUUAUGCUGUUGAGGCAGCCGUGCUAGAACAAAAGAUGGAUAAGCUAGACUUACCCUGGCACGACGAGUAUUGGAGUCUCAUCAUAACAUGUACCGUUUCAACCGCCGAAAUUUGGGGCCGUUUAAUUGGCAAAGAAUACAGCAAUGCAUUGGAUUCGCUGGUGACUGACAUUGAAUUGGAGUUGCUGAAGAACAAACAAGUUCCCACUUGCUUCAACGUGGGUCAAAUUUAUUUGACUUUGAUGAAUGAGUGCGCCUAUCGCAUCCGUGUCGAAAAAGUGAACGAGGCGAAGAGACAGUGUCUGUGUUUCGGUGUGGACGAGGGCGAUCAGCGGUGGUAUUCCAUGGACGAAAUGUACGUGUGUCAAAAUAAGUUUUUGAAACUUGCACCACAAGCGAUCCGCUUCGCAUUGCACGGAAUGGAGGACUUUGACGAAAAUAAAUUUGCCAAGAAGCAUCUGGAAGAGACACUGCUCAGCAGUCCACCAUUGAUUGGUCAAGUAUUCACCAAAGCCGAAGAAUUCAUGGCACAAGAAGCAGCGCCAGAUGUGGUACCGGUGAUACAAAUAGUUCUAUACGAUACUUCGACGGCGGAAGACAUUAACUUGCACCAGGUGAUCGUCGAUAAGAUCUGUGCCGAUAUAGCCGAACCGGAAUUGAACCAUGCGGAGUUAACGAAAGUGAAUGUGUCACAUAUAUCUGACGACGGAGACAUUUUCAUUCAGUUGCAUCAGAACGGCGUACAUUAUGUCAAUAAGUUGAUUCACAAACUGACCCAAUCAGACCUGCCCAACCGACAUCAAACGUUACCAGCAAGCAAUACUGCGAAUAAUACUCUGUUCUUGGUGUUCGAUGAAGAGACACACAAGUGGUGUCGCGGCAAAUUUAUCAAUGAAAUGAAGGAACUUAAGGCAAAUAAAAUGCUGUUCGUUGACAUUGGAAAGACGAAAAGUGUCCCAUUGACGAAGAUAUACCGGCUCGAGUCGAUAAGCCAAGCGCUUUUAACAUUCCCACCGCAAGCAAUGCAAGUCAAGUUGAAGGGGCUUACGCAAUUUCCACAGCAUUUAGUGUCAACAUUACGUGGAUACUUCAUGGGCGAUACGAAAGCAUAUGUGAUGAAGAUGAACAUCACCAGCAGUAUUCCGGAAGUGAAUCUGUACUAUUGCAGAGGUUCCGACAUGAUAAGCGUGAACGAGUGCCUUAAAACGGACUUGGAACGUCAACAAUCAAACGAAUCGUUGUACUCUCGACAGAGUAGCAUCACUUCCAAUUCUAGUCGAGAACCAAAAACUCCAGACAAUUUGUCGCAUUUUAAUAAUUUGACGCUAAACGGUCCGAAGUUGCCCAAAUUCCAUCCGCCUGACGUUGGCGAUCACUUUGACAUUGAGGUCGUGAUGACAGCAACUCCAGCCAAUUUCAUGAUUCGACCAAUCAAGCAUAUGCGACAGUGGGUACAGCAAAUGAAAAGCUUGCAAGAUUACUGCACUAAAAGUCGCGAUGCAUUGACAUUGGAUAAGGUACGAGAAGACGAUGCAUACGCCUGUUUGCAUUCGGAUGGCAGGUGGUACCGAGUGGUUGUUGAGCGCCACCUUGUCACGAAAAUUUUGGUAUCAUUUUGCGAUAUCGGCGACAUUGACUGCAUCGACGAUGUGACGAGAUUAAAAAUUUUACCGAACGAAUAUCGCGAUCUGCCGAAAUUGGCAAUGACUGCCCGACUGUAUGGCAUCAAGCCGGUGAACGAUUUAUGGGAAAUGGAUGAUACGAUUGAGUUCAAUCGACUGGUUUCGGGCCAGAAAUUCCAAGCAAUUGUCGGCAGAAUCAUCGCAGCGGACAAAGUAGACGAUAAUGCUGUGUUGGAAAUACAGCUGAUCGACGUGUCGAACGAGUAUGACAUCAUUAUCAACGAUCAAUUGGUUGAUUUUGGUCGAGCGAUCCGAUGUUAAAUUGAAAUGUGAAAGUUAUCGUAAGUUUUCAUUUAAGUUAAGUUACGUUAUUCCAUUGAAAGGAAUUUUAAUUACCAUUUACGAUUACGAAUUUGAAAGAUGUUUGAAAAUACAGAAUAUUUUGUAAUUGAGUUACAAUUUCGAUGCAAAACAGAAA